CAGGGCGGCCGACAUCAUGUGACGGGGGAGUGGCAGAAAGUCAGGAAGCACAUCGCCGCUGGUUCGAGUCACAAGACAGCUCUCACCAUGGCCUACCAUCCUGGGACUCAAGAGGAGCCCAGUGUUUUGGUUAACAACAUCAGCUCCAAUAUCCAGAAGAUCACGCUACUGACCUCUGAUCUGCAAAGGGGAGUGUCUCUGCUGGGUACUGAGCAAGACACCAACCAGCUACGACAGAACCUUCAACAGAAACGUCAGGAAGGCAGCCAGUUAGCGAAGGACACAGAUCGACUGGUGAAGGCGUUCAGUGCGCUCCCCGUUGGUCCCGAUCAGCGGCAAAGAAAGCUACAGAAGGAGCGUCUGCUGAAUGAGUUCUCCGCCGCUUUAAACAGUUUCCAGAAGACACAACGGGAGGCAGCCAACAAAGAGAGGGAGUUUGUGGCCAGAGUCAGAGCGGGAUCCAGGUUGUCGGGAGGUCAGCCUGAAGACGGCUUUGACAAUGUGCUCUAUGGGGAUUCCCAUUUCCAGGACCAGGCUCAGGCUGAGGUUAUUACUGAAGAUGACCUGAGGCUGAUCCAGGAGAGGGAGUCGGCCAUCAGAGAGUUGGAGUCUGACAUCACAGACAUCAAUGACAUCUUCAAAGACCUGGGAAUGAUGGUCCAUGAGCAGGGAGACAUGAUAGACAGUAUAGAAGCCAAUGUGGAGAGUGCAGAUGUCAAUGUCCAGAAUGCCACACAGCAGCUGCAACGUGCUGCAGAAUACCAGCGGAGCUCCCGGAAGAAGAUAUGCAUCCUGAUGAUAAUUUUGGCUGUAGCUAUGGUUGUAAUAGGACUAAUCAUCUGGGGUGCCACGAAAAAUUGAGAGCUUCUUCCUCCUCCCCGUCCUCGUCCUCCUCCUCUCCUGUUUGGUCAUCAGCCUGGACAAAGGAUGAAACGCCAUCCUUCUUUUCCUCUGUCAUCUUCUUUUCCGGCCCUCCUCAUGAAACUGGGCAGGGCGGGGGGGCCAUCCGGACUGUCUGUCUUUUUUGAUACAGUAUAUUAUAAAGAUAUUGCAGUCCCCUGUGACAGGACUGCAGACUCUGUCACUGUGAAGCAAAUCUAGUGCUGGUAGCUUUAUUGUUAUCGUCAGCUUUAAUUGAAUUAUCCUUGAUUUGGUUUACUUUGACAGGAAGUGUUUUAUUGCUCACCUGUUCGUCAGAUGAAGGAGUAAAUGAUACAGGGGGAGUCUUGUUGUGUUCAGUGGCAGUCGUUGCUGCUGAAUAACUACUGCCAAUCUCGAGAGUCUCUAGCUGAAUGUUGAAUAAUAUAAACGUAUAGUUCAGACUUUUGGGUGCAAUGAAGCUGCAUGUUGGUGGUGGCAGCACAUAAGAGGUGAUUAUCCUUCAUUUUGCAGCUGCUGUUCCUUUUGAGGUUUAAUAUGCAAAGUCUUACGCUAUAAGUUUAUCCACAGUUAAAGUACAAAUCAAGUGCCGUAUGUAAAUUGGCUGCAAAUUAAUAACUUGGCCAGCUUGUGAAAAUGCAGUACUUUGAGUGACAAUACAGACGUUUUAAUUUGUUCUAUUUUAAGUUCCCAUUUAUUUUCACUGUAAUUAAUCAAAAAUAUUGAUAAAUUUCUAAUCAAAUGCAUGUAUUAUGAUGCCAAAUCAAGUACUCACCCUUCCUAACUCUUAGGUUACUAAAUGAAAUUACACUCCACGAGCAGGCCUUCAUUCGAGAGAGAUGCUUAUUAUGGGUGAUGUUUUUUUUGUUUGUUUGUUUUGUUUUGUUUUUUUGUCAUUUGGUAUUUUAAGGAAAAUUUGUUUUAUUGAAUGGUGUUGCUUGUCAAACAAAGAAUGGAAGUGCAACAUGUACAGUGACAACAGGGAUGAGGGCCAUUUCAUUCUUGGAAGCUGUGUUUCGUUUUAACUUUCUCAUAUACACUUUAUUUAAACCCAUGAACAGAGAUGUCUUUAAUCAUUCUUUCAAAUUACAGCUUGUUGAUGAUGGCUAUAGUCAGUAUGUCAUUCAUGGGGCGCUCUCAUGUGAGGUUUAUAUGUCAAGUUAAAUAUGAGCUGGACUGUGUGGAUUUAUCAUUCUUCAUCAUUUUUCGGUGGCUGCCUACUUAACUGCUUGUAGUGUCACAAAUGACGAUGAAUCCAUAAUUUAAACCAACACGCAUUAAUACAAAGCACAAUUGCAGUAAGUGAAGACAAACAUUGUAAGUUAAAGCAAACACUAAUACUAGUGCUAUUGGACCCAAAUGUAAAAUUAUGAUCAUGUGUAUGUUUUUAUUAUCGAAAUUUAACUGCCUUUUGCUGAAUAAAUGACUUGAAUGUUA